GCUAAAUCUUGUCCGGCCUGAAUAUAGUGUGCAGUGUUUGUUCCAGCGGAGUUGCUCGCCUUUUUGUAACAUUUCUCCGUCCAGGACAACAAAAGUGAUGCUUCACCGAGGCACACCGCAUAGCGAGACAGAGGAGGACCAGCGGUGAUUGCUUUCUACAAUUUACCCUUAAAAAAAACUUUCUUCCAAGGAGUAUAUUUCUGUGUUUUCUUUUUUUCGACGUCAAGAAAAGCGCCGUUUGCGUCCUCAGUAAUGCCGGACGACUUUUAGACAACUUGGCGUCUUCUUGUCUCCAUGCGGGAGGAGACGCAGUUCGUUGUGGUUUUUUUUUUUUUUUUGCCACUUUGUGUCCCAUUAAGGAUCGGAAGGUGUCGUGUCCGCCAACCGGAAUGCCUCGUUUUUGGCCGUAGCUUCACGUAAAUCUUUUUGUCCAGCUCUUUGCCCAGCGGACUGUGCGGCCGCUGCUACUGGAUCUACGAGGACUUCUGCGCAUUAAUUCGGUGUAAAUGGAUCGCCAGUCCAGUUUCAUUUCCAUUUGGCUACAACUGGAACUCUGUGCCAUGGCUGUUCUUCUUACUAAAGGAGAAAUCAGGUGUUACUGUGAUGCGCCACACUGUGUGGCCACGGGAUACAUGUGCAAAUCAGAACUGAACGCCUGCUUUACCAAGGUAUUGGACCCGCUUAAUGCAAACUCUCCACUCACCCACGGCUGUUUAGACCCUAUCGCCAAUGCUGCAGACAUCUGCAGCAGCAGCUCAAGGAGCACAGAUGCCUUCAGCGGGGCCUCAGCAGCAGCUACACUGGAGUGCUGCCACGACGACAUGUGCAACUACAGAGGCCUGCAUGACCUGCCACACACCAGGGACUCGACAGAUCAGAACAGGUAUUCACAAGACAACAGGAACCUGGUGACCCGGGUUCAGGAGCUGGCCUCAGCUAAGGAGGUGUGGUUCCGGGCAGCUGUGAUCGCUGUGCCCAUCGCAGGUGGUCUCAUCCUGGUGCUGCUUAUCAUGCUGGCGUUACGGAUGCUCCGCAGUGAGAACAAGCGUUUGCAGGACCAGCGACAGCAGAUGCUGUCACGGCUCCACUAUAGCUUCCAUGGCCACCACACCAAGAAGGGCCACGUGGCCAAGCUGGACCUGGAGUGCAUGGUGCCUGUCACGGGCCACGAGAACUGCUGUCUGACUUGUGACAAGAUGAGGCAGGCGGACCUGGGCAAUGACAAGAUCCUGUCUCUGGUGCACUGGGGGAUGUACAGUGGUCACGGAAAGCUGGAGUUCGUAUGACUGACUGACUUCCUGUGUGGAACUAUGACACAAAGAGCCAGGACUGCUUCUCAAUCGUUGGCUUCUGCUUUUUUCUACUUUAAAUGACAUUCCCACCGUGUGUUUCAUCCAUUGGACUGUUGGGUUUGUGUUAUUCUGUUCUUUUUCUACCCAGUGGCGAAAAAAUACAAGACUGAUCUCAUGCCAUGUGUUUUUUUUGCUAGAGGAGCACUUUACUUGAAAAUGAGAGGCAAAGCAGCGAGGAGCUUAAUUUAAACUUGAGAGGGCAGGACUGAGGCAGAGUGAGAGGUCUGUCACUGCUCCAGAGGAUCCUGGACUUGACACUGAGCGCUGAAGGAUUCCAAAUCUGUCUUAUUUGCACAUGUGUAAAAAAGCAAACAAACAAGUAAAAAAAAAAACACAAAAAGUUGUUGCUUAAAACAAUUUGACACUGACACCAGGGUACAAGAGACUUGUAUGAGGAGUAAAAAGAGCGUUGAGAAUUCAGUGUUUGUAAGUGUGCACACUCCUCUGUGUACGUUUCAUGAUUCAAGCUUAUUGUAAAAAUUUAAAUAUAUAUAUAUAUAUUUUUGUCUGAUAAAACUGAUAGGUGUGUCUUGCUCUGGGUGAAUGUCCAACAUCUCUCUCUGUGAUCAGACUUAAAGCUUGAUUGUGAGUGUGAAAGAAAACCAACCAUUAAAAGUGACUUUUUAUUUA